AUUUAGCCCCUGUUUUUCUCUUGCAUGCUUACCCCAUCCCCAGUGUCAGUGAUCAUCUAGGAGAGGUUAUAAAUAUUACGGAGAACAGGAGUACCCCAAGCAACAAGUUUACGAGUGUUAGCUCAGAGACAUGGCUUGUGAAAAGCAAGUGGUAGAGAGCAAAUGUCCAGGUCCAGGGACCGAUGACAAAGAGCUCCAUGAAGAGGUCCAAGAGGAUAGUGAAGAUUUGAUGCCAGAUGUUGUGCUUCAAGUGGAGACUGAAUCCUUCUUUGUAAACCGUAAGCGACUGGCCCAAGUGAGUCCAUACUUCCAAGCACUGUUCUUUGGCGGAGGUCGAGAGAGCAGCAAGCGGCACAUUGAAAUCAAAGGUGUAGGUUUGGACCCUUUCCGCAGUCUUAUGGAGUACACUCAGAACCUCAGAUUACAUCUUGACAGGAAGAACGUCCUGGGAGUUCUUGAGACUGCAAAUUUCCUUCAGCUGGAAAAAGCCAGGCUUCUAUGCUGCAAGUUCCUGGAGAGAGAGUUACACCUGAGCAACUGUUUAGGCAUGAUGGCCUAUGCAUGGCAGCUAGGCUGUCUGGAGCUUUAUGCUGCUGCACGAGAAGUGGUUCUCACCCACCUACCAGCUAUAGUUUCUGAGGAGGACUUUAUGCACCUCUCCAAGGAGACCAUUGCCGACCUCCUUGCUAGUGAUGACCUUUUUGUUCCACGGGAAGACUUGGCCUUUGAGGUUACUUUGCGCUGGGCGACAUAUGACCCUAGUCGUGAGGAUGACUUCCUGGAGCUGGCAGGGCUGGUUAGACCUGAGAGCUUGAGUCUGCCAUACAUCACAGAUCUCCUGACCAAGAUGAAAAGUUCUGACCCUCGUGCCAAGCUCAUCUGCAAACUGAACAAUCAUAUCCCCACCAGCUGGACCAUGGGCAGAUCAAUGCCCAGAACUCGGUCAAGAGAGAUGCUGUUUGUGCUUGGUGGACCACAUGAACAGGGCCAGCAGUCUUUUUACCAGUUCAACCCACGCAGUGGAAGGUGGCAGUCUUUGCCACCUUUACAGAGGAAGUGCUUAACACAGUACUCAGUAGCAGCAGUAGGUAACAACGUGGUGGUGACUGGUGGCUACUUCCGGGAGGUUCUGUGGUACAGUGUGGACUGGGUUCGGAUUUAUGAGUGCAGCAACGAGCGCUGGGUGGAUGGUCCAGCAUUGCAGAAAUCCAGGCACAGCCACUGUUCAGUGGCACUUGAAUUCCAGGUCUUUGUGCUGGGAGGCAGCAUGGAUGAGGGGCUUGCACCUGAUGUGGAGAGGCUAGUGCUGGGAGCAGACUGCUGGAACAGUGUUAGUCCCAUGAUACGAGUAGUAGAAAGAGCAGCUGCGGUUGCUAUGGGCUCCUGUAUCUAUGUGGCUUGUGGUUUGGAUGAAAACGGAGAGGUAUACAGUGGAAUUCAGAGGUAUAAGACCGAGGUUGACCAGUGGGAUGUAGUAUCCUAUUCUCCAUUUCCACGUUAUGACCUUCUCGCCACUGAGCUCAAUGGUGCCAUCUAUCUGCUUGGAGGUAAGGCGCUGCGGCUGGAUGUUGAUACUGACGAGUGGACUGUUCUGGAAGAGGAAUUUCUAGACAGAAAGUUCUUCACUGGCUGUUCUACUGUGAAUGGACAAAUCUACUUGAUUAGUGAGAGAAAGAUUAACAAAGUUUCUACAAACAUGGUACUCUUGGACCUGUACACUGACACUUGCAUAGAAAUGAAUGAUGCAAUACCAUGCCCUGUCCCCAUACGAGGUUGUGUCACGGUCCGCUUGAUGGACAGAUGAAUCAGAUCAUGAAUCAGAUUGUAAAUUGGUACAUUAAUAGCAAUACCAUGCUGCAUCCUUCAUCAGUCAUUUUACAGUUUUUGUUAUACAUAAUUUCUUUCAGAUGCAUGAUUAAACAAUACCACAAACUUUUUCAAUUGCAAUUAAAAAAAAAAAUAGAGAGUCAGAUCCUAUCAAUUAGGAAAAAGGAGUGGUUGUUUUAGCACUUUUGUAUUGAUUUAUUUAUGUUAAAGUAAAUAAAGAGAAUACACCUGGAGCUUGUAUAACAACCGGGUGUGGCAUAUCACCACUAUAGCCAUGCAUUUUCCCUCACAGACUUACCAAUAAAUGCCUCGUCUGGUAUCACUGCAACAUAAAUGACAACAAACAUGGGGCUUCAACUACACAGUGAAGUAACUGAGAUUAUUUAUACAGAAAGAAAUUACAAGUCAGUUACGAACAAGGACCAGGACCAGCUCCAUAGCGUAUUCCUAUUGUUAGGUCAUUAAAGGCAAAACUGACCCCAGACCAGCAUUGUACUCUUAAGAUAUUUCAUAAGUACAAGGCCCUGCAGAUAGUGGCUCACAAGCAGAAGGUUCAGUAUUAACAACAGUGCAAAUAACAGACAAGCUAAGUAAGCACCUGCAAUAGAAUGGCCACAUGCCUAUUGGAUAGCACAAUACAAACCACUUCCUCUUUAAUGUGCUUCAAGCAAAUUAAACUCAGGGG